AUGCUCUCAACUUUUAAGAAAGUUUUUAAAUUUAAUUCUUCGAAAAGUUCUGAAACCUCUCUUUGUACUAAGUCAUUGCUUUUUGUGAUAAUUGCUAAUGUUUUAGAAGAUGUUUUGUUUUGGAAAAAGACGUGGUUAUCAUUGUUGUUUAUCUUUUAUUUUCAUCUAUUUUUCUUAGUGUGCUUUUUUCGUCAAUUUGAUCUAUUUCAUAUGAUAUGUGGAUUAUCUAUUUUCAUUUUAAUUAUUGACGCCUUGGAAUCAUGGCUAAAGUACAAACAUAGAACAACUUGUCUCAAGCGUUUAGCCCAACAAAGUGACAACAAUAAAUUAUCAUCUAUUUUGAUUCAAACAUACUCAUGGAUGCAGAAUCAAAUGUUUUACUUAUUGGACCUUCGUGGUAAUAAUCCUACCAAAACAUUUUUAAUAUUGGAAAUAGUUUUUGGUACAAUUUUCGUGACUGGCAGAUACAUAAGUGGAUAUACAUUGAUGUACAUUUUCUUUAUGGUACUGAUGACUAUAAAUAAAACUUUGCCUCCUUUGUCGACACUAAUGAAAAAAAUUCGACAACCAGCAGAAUCUGAAUUUGAAUUGGAAGGUCUUUUGCCAGAUGCAACAGCUGCUAAUUUAGAUCUACUAUCUAUUGAAGCUGAAAUUAAACCAAUAUAUGAUGACAAACAGAGCUUAGAUUGUUGGAAACCUGAAGAUUUACCUACAGAUGAUGUAAGUGAUAGUUCAGAUAAUAGUAGCUCUCUAGUAACAAAUUUAUCCAUGGAAAAAUUGCAGACAUUAGGCAACGGUGAAGAAUCAGACUCCAGUGAAGAUGAAUAUAUUCCUCAGGGUGUACAUCCUGAACAAUAUAGGACAUCAAUGGAGGUACAACCUGUUGGUACAUGGAGCAGUUCUGCAUUCAAUGUUAUAUCUUCCUUAGGAAGUGCUGUAGCAAAUACUGUAUACAGUUCCAAUGAAGAGAAGAAAAGAAAAAGAGUAUCAAGUAUUGAUUCAUCUGAUGGUUUUGAAAUUGUAGAUAAAAAUGAAUUUAUGUAA